AGCUAGGUCAACGCCCACAAAAGCCUGCAUACUAGACCAUACAGCAACCUUGUUGGUUGAUCAGCGUCGCAUGCCACCGCCUGACUAUGGCCGGAAUACAGCUCCAGGUCUUAUCAGACCUCCACCUGGAGACGCCAGCUGCCUACGAUAUCUAUGACAUCAGUCCCAGCGCACCAUAUCUCGCCUUGCUAGGUGAUAUCGGCUACGUGAGAGACGAGGGCUUCUUCCUCUUUCUUCGCAAACAACUCGCAAACUUCCGCAUCGUCUUUCUCGUCCUCGGGAACCACGAAGCCUACCAUAGCACCUGGAGCCAGACCAAGUCUCACGUGCAACGUUUCAAGGACGACGCCGAUCGCUCAUUUCGGAACGGAGAGCUGAUUGGGGAGCUUGUCAUCCUCGAUCAGGUACGCUACGAUAUUUCGCCCACGGUCACUAUCCUCGGCUGCACCUUGUUUUCGCACGUCGGCGAUGAUCAGAUCGAUACUGUCAACCUCGGCUUGAAUGAUUUCUAUCACAUUGAUGACUGGCCGAUCGAGGCGCAGCAGGAAGCACACAGAGCCGAUCUUGCUUGGCUGAACCACGAAGUCGGAGCCAUUGCCCGCUUGGAACCACAUCGCAAGGUCAUCGUUCUCACCCAUUAUUGCCCGUCAACGCAGAAAGAAGUUAUCGACCCUCGACAUGUGAGCAGCAAGAUUUCGUCUGGUUUCAUGACCGAUCUGUCGAGCGAGGUCUGUUGGAAAAAUGAGGUCGUUAAGCUUUGGGCUUUUGGGCAUACCCAUUUCAACUGUGAUGUUCAAGACUCAACCACUGGGAAGAGAGUGUUCACCAAUCAGCGUGGCUACUACUUUGCCCAGUCUUCAGGUUUCGAUGCCGGGAAGGUCAUUCAAGUCUAACUCAUGCCAAGAACAUCGAUCCGUUGAGACAGUGAGCCUACUACUUUUCCAAUCUUCAUGUUUUGAUGGUGCAGAGGUCAUUCAAAUUCAAGUCAUGUCAAGGACAUCGACGUCCUAGAGCGGGGUUUUAGCUAAAUCGAUAUUUCUAUUCUCGAAUGACGUACGUAAUACGCCUUUUAUCAGGAGCA